GGUCCCCUUGCGUCGCCCCUUUGCCAUCACCACCACCAACCCGUCUACUUUGUUGUUGACUCUCGAACAGCAGUAAUCUCACCCGCUAAUAAUUCACGCGUUCUUUAAAAACUUGGAAAUAAUGGACAAAUCACUUGACGAGGUUAUUUCUUCUCGCCCCAGAGGCACCCGUCGUGGUACUGGUCGUCGCGGAGGUGCAGGGGCCAAGGCCCAACUUCUCGGAACUGCUGGCGCCAACCCCGCCACCCGCGCGGCCACCGCCGGCGCUACCAAAGCCACAGGCACCACGUCUGCGCAACCCGCCGAUAAAAUCAUUGUUUCCAACCUUCCAACGGAUGUGAAUGAAGUUCAAAUUAGGGUGAGCUCUUUCUCCACUACCGUCGGAGCCCUGCGCGACGUCACUUUGCACUAUGAUAGCGCUGGACGUUCAAAAGGUGUCGCAGCGGUUCACUUCCAACGGAAGGGCGACGGUACUUUGGCCUACCAGCAAUAUAACAACCGAUUGAUCGAUGGGAAACGCCCAAUGAAGAUUGAAAUCGUGGUCGACCCCGCACGUCCUGCCCCGUCUGCUUCGCUCGUGUCACGCGUCGCUCCUGCCGCUUCUGCCCCUGCAGCUCCAGACGCUCGAAGUGCCAGGUGCCCUGCCACGCGUGGCUCUCGCCGUGGAAGAGGCCGAGGAAGGAAGGGGAAUGAAAGACCUCAGAAGAGUGUUGCUGACCUUGAUGCAGAGAUGGAGGAUUACACUGCGAGCAAUAUCGUUGCUCCUACUGCUGCUUAAAGUAGCCCGUACCGUGUGUAUCUGCUAAUGCUGACUGUUUGUUGUGUUCCCCUUUGAUACCGUUCCGAUUUAUUCUUAGUAGUUGUCCUGUAUUCUACACGCUUGCUUUCCUGGGACUCGAAUUUCUAUUGAGUUAUGAGUCACUUCA